AUGGCGAUGAAUAAUUCUCGUCGUUUUUCGCUGCGGUUGUCGUUUGUUCUCCUCCUUUUCGCGAUGAUGAUGAUGAUGAUGAUGUUGAUGCCGCCGAAUUAUGAAAAUGAAUCGGCGUUUCUGAUGAAACGAAAACAAAGCCAAGGAACAACAACCGGGGGUUUUAUGUUCGCUUCAGCCGCCAAAACGGAUGAUGAUGAUGAUGACGAUGACUACGACGAAGAAGAAGAAGAAGAAGAAUCUGCUAAAGAGAACAACGUGUUUCACAUGGAAGUGAGAACUUUGUACGACCCAAACAACUCAGGCGUGUUUGGUUUCCAGUCCUCGGAAGAGUUCAAGGAGAAAGUUUUGGAGACGAGAGACGUGUGGGUGGUGCAAUUCAUCGCCCCCGGGUGCCAACCGUGCAAGGAUAUGGCACCGGCGUUCAGUAGAGCCGCGUUAUCGUUAGAGUCGGUGAACAUUAAGUUUGGCGCGAUUGAUAUCGCCGGGAACGAAGAUUUAGGACGGUCGAUGCAAAUAUCGCGAGUGCCGGCCAUCGUCGGUUUCGGAGGGAAAAAGACGUGGAACCCGUACAGAAAAAUCGCGCAGAAAUUGUCCAACGAGUAUCGAGGGGAUGCGUUGACCGCGAGAGCGUUGAGAGAGUUUGCGGUGAAGAACUUACCGGACGAUGAAGUCGCGAGAAUUGAUUCCGUGGACGAGUUAAAGAACGUCGUUUCGGACGAGAUGCCGACGCUGGUGUACGUGACGGACAAAAGCGAGACCCCGUUCAUGUUGAAAUCGUUGGCAUGGAACCAUAAGAACAGAAUUCGCGUGGUUGAGUUGACGUACGACUCUUCCACGGACGAUUUGUUACCAACGCCGGUGCUUCCCGGGUUGGAAGCGCACGAAGACGAAGAGGACGCGGUGAAGUUGGUGUUGUAUAAAGACGCAGAUUUGACGAAGAAACCGACCUUGUUCGACGGCGAGAGCAUGAGUAAAGACGAGGUGUUUGCGUUCGCGGAGAAGCACUUAGGCCCAGAAGUUGGAGAGUUGGAAGUGGAGGUACUUCGUAAAAAGAAAGACGACGGCGAGGAUAAAAGCGGAGACGAGAAGAAAAAAGGAGAAGAAGAAGAGGAAAACAACGAUGAUUUUUCGUUGUUUAUUGAAAAGAAACCGAAAAAUUUCGAACAAGACGUGAUAGAAAAGAAAGAAGCGGUGGUAGUUAUGUUUACCAAGCGAACGGACGAGUGUGGCCUUAAAGUGAACGAAGCCAUCGACGCGUUUGCAAAGCUUCAAUUCCAAGCGGAGCUUUACGAAUACGUCGUGAACCGAGACGGCGAGGAUAUCUUGAAAGCGAUAAAACUUGCCGAAACGCAAACGUUGAGUAAGUUUCCAAACAAAGACGAGUGCUUCUCGUUGAUGUAUUACCCGUUCGGUGAGAACAAAGAGGACGAAGAAUCGUACCCGUUUGAAGUUUCCGAGGACCAUCCGGUGAACGACGGGAAUUUGAAAGCGUGGAUGUACGAAAACACGGCGGAUGUUGUUUUAAGAAUCACCCAGGACAACUUGGACCAGUAUUUAGCCACGGAUCCGUUCACACCGAAGUGCGUUUUGUUCUCUCAAAAGGACGAGACGCCCGGAAUGUAUAAAACAUUAGCGGCAAACUUCAAGGACGAUUUCCAUUUCGGUUUUUUCCAAGCCGAUGAUAAAAACGACCCGAACUUGCAAAAGUUCAACAUUCCAAAGUUACCCGCGGUGCAAUUAUUGUUCGUUAAUCCCGCGGUCACGCCGCAACAAGAGGCGUCUGGAAACGUCCAAAUGAACUCUGCGCCGUUUCCUGGACCGAUGAAUUACAUUUAUCUUCGCCAAUGGUUGCUGGAAGCCAAAAAUCAAAUCAAGCGGAAAGACGAGGCGAAGUCUCCAGGAAAAGUGACGCCGCCGCCGCACGUCACGACGCAAAAGGAAUUCGAGGACGAGUGCGAAUCCAAAGGCGGUUUGUGCGCCAUCGCGUUUAUUCCAGGGACGAGUUCUUCUUCGCAGUCUAUGUUUGAAGAUCGCAUGGAAAGAGCGUUUGAAGCGGCAAAACUUACGAGCGGACGACCGUUCACGUGGAUCGUCGUCGAUCCGAUUGUCCAGAAAACGUUUGCAAAAGCCUUCGACGUUUUACCGCACAAUUCACCAACCGUGACGGUUUUACAACCCAGAAAAGGAAGGUACGCAACCAUGAGUGGUUCCUUUGACCCUCGCGAGCUCGCUAGGCACUGCGAGUUAGUCUUGAAUGGUAAAACGAGAACGUUUAUGAUUCAAGACGUGCCGAAAAUAAUCGACGGCGGCGAGAGCGAAGACGAAAACGAUUACGAACCCGAGGAACCGAUCGAGGAAGAGUUCGAUUUGAACGAUAUCAUGGGUGAAGAAACCGAAGAUGCUACGUUAGGUUUGACGAGAGCGGAGAUUGCGGAGUUAGAGAGAAAGAAGGAAGAAGAGGAAUUAGCGGAAGCCGCGCGCGUCAAAGAGGAGGAGGAAAAGAAACAACAACAACAAAAGAGUAGCGGAAAGAAGAAGAAAAAGAAAGGAAAGAAGGGAAAGAAGAAGAAAGAGGACCUUUGA